CCGACGAGAGGCAAACAGGAACAUGCGUCUAUACGCUGAAGCCAGGCGAGAGAUCGACCUUCAGAGAUACUACCACCCUUGGCUUGAUGCCCAGAAUCUCGUCAAUCAGGCCGAUGGACGAGCGAAGGGCCUCACUUACGAGGGCUUCAAGCCGCGCACCUCGGCCGAUAAGUCUCUCACGGCGUUUGCCCAGCUCGCUACUCUGCGCUUGAAUGUACGAAGGGCCAUGGUAUCGCUUAUCGACUCGAACAAACAAUAUAUUUUGGCCGAGGCAACGCAAACACUGUCGCUUCAGACACAGAGUGCAGAGCGCAAAGAGGACGAAGUAUGGCUGGGUCAUUCUGUCAUUGCACGCAACGACGCCGUGUGCCACCAUGCCUUCAAUUCCAUCUAUACUGCUCGUGAGGAGAAUGGCGAGGAGUACGUGGCCAACGCCCUGAUCAUCCCAGACUGCCGCGAGGACUCUCGCUUCUGCACUCGCGACUACGUUGUCGCCGAACCAGGGGUUCGGUUCUACGCUGGUGUUCCUAUCACCACCAAGAAUGGCCAUAGGAUAGGUGUUUAUGCUGUGUCGGAUGAAAAACCACGCGCUUCUCUCUGUGCUGCCGACGUUAGAUUUCUUGAAGAUGUGGCAGCAACUGUCAUGGAACAUUUGGAGCUGGCCAAGAACAGCGACGCUCGUAACAGUGGUGAGCGUAUGGUCAAUGGAUUGACGGACUUCAUCCAACGCUCUUGCUCGAAAGAGUUCCAAGGCGCGGCCGGACAUCGUCCAACAACACUAGAGAAGCAGACGGAGAAUGCGCGGCUUGAAGCUAUAGCGGAUGAAGAGCCUUCGGGUGCUUUGCCCGUAGCUAAGCAGUCGUCCCAACGCAAGCGGGAGUCCGAGCCUGACACCUCGCGCAUCUUUCAGAGAGCCGCUCGCAUUAUCCGCCAGUCGACAUAUGCCGAAGGUGUUGUCUUUUUUGAUGCGUCUGCUGCACAUCUAGGUAAAUCAUUCGAUAAUGCCAAUUUUUCUGGGAGUAGUGAUGAAAACUCCUACUCGUCCGCUACGGCCGGCUCAGCAACAGCAAGUCAGAGAAAACGAAGCAUCCGGCGCAACAAGUCAGCGAGCCAAGGGAGAACCGUACCAGGAGAUCAGGAAGGUGGUCAGGAUGCUUUGCCUGUGGCGGAGAGCAAACCCUGCCCAGUCGCCGGUAUAUCUUGUCGUGAGAGCCUUGCACCUGUGGAUGAAGAAAAUUUCGUCUUUACAGAAGCCAGUUUGGAGCGCUACAUUAACAAAUAUCCUCACGGUAAGUUCUUUAACUUCGACGCGGAGGGUACUGGUGUCAAUUCGAGUGAUGAGAAAUCGGAAAGUGCUCCUGAACAGACCGAUGAAGGUUUCUACAGUAGCACUGCUACCGCCCCCAAGAGACAUAGGAAAAUCAGCGAUCGCUUCAUUCCCACCGAACUAAUCAAGAUCCUGCCAAAUGUUCGCAGCUUGAUCUUCCUGCCUCUGUUUGAUCCUGCCUCUGAGAAAUGGGUGGCCGUAGGGUUCGUGUGGACGACAUCAGCAGGAAGGAUAUUGAAUCCUGACAACGAACUGCCUUAUUUGAAGGCCUUUGGGAAUUCAAUCACUAGCGAGAUUGCACGAUGGAACGCGCAGAAGGCCGAUCGUGCCAAAACCACCUUCAUUGCGUCAAUAUCUCAUGAGUUGAGGUCGCCGCUUCAUGGAAUUCUGGGUUCUGUUGAAUUCUUACGUGAUGCCGUCUCCUCCAAUUAUCAGCAAUCCUUAGUCCAUUCGAUUGAGACUUGUGGCAAAACCCUCCUGGACACCAUUGAUCAUGUUCUGGAUUAUGCCAAAAUCAACAAACUGCGUAGUGCUAACACCCAUCGUAAGCACUCGGGUAAGGGCCGCAAUCGUCGGGUCCCGGCCGAUAAUUCUAUACUGGGAGUUACAACCAACUUCAACCUGGCGCAGCUCGUGGAAGAAGUCGUUGAGACCGUCAGUGCUGGCCAUACCUUCCGCAAAUCACACGACAUUCACAAUGCCGCAUUUCACGACCAAGGGAUUCGUUCGAGGACCACCAGCAUAGCUGGGGGAGAAAAAGCCGACGACCGAGACGCACCAGGCUUUCUGAACAAUAAAGGUGACGUAAUUGUCACUUUCAGUGUCGCGCCUCUGCUCAAGUGGAUCGUCCGAUCUCAGCCGGGUGCUUUGCGUCGCGUAGUGAUGAAUCUUCUCGGCAAUGCUCUCAAAUACACCGAGACCGGCUUUAUACAAGUCUCACUGGAGCAAAAUCAAGAAAGAUUCGAUGACCAUAGCGUGGAGUUUAAGCUCUCAGUACAAGACUCUGGACGCGGUAUGUCAAACGAAUAUCAGCGUACCAAGCUGUUUUCCCCCUUCAGCCAGGAGGACCCCUUUUCAAACGGAACUGGUCUCGGACUUUCGAUUGUCAAGCAAAUUGUUGAAUCCUUGAAAGGUGAAGUUGAUGUGCAGAGUACGUUAGGGAAAGGUACUACCGUUUCAGUAGCUUUAAGGUUACCAGCAGGGCCUGCGGAACAAGCACGAGUUGACUCAGGACCUACCGAGACACCUCCGCAAUUGAAGGACAAGACCGUGAGCGUCGUGUUCCCCUCAAGCAGUAUGGGCGGGUCUGGAGAGAUAAUGCGCGAUUCGAUCAUGAUGGGUUGCCAUGGUUGUCACAUGAAAACACAUUCAACUUUCGAUCCAGACAAAUUCCGCCCAGAUGUCUUGAUAACGGAGCCGAUUUCCUUGAUCAAUAUCCUGGGCCGUCAACAAGAGAACGGAUUCACUUUGCAACCGCUUACUGUCAUCUGCAUUUGCAUGGAUCAGACUGAGAGAGAUUUGACAGAAUCAAACACGAGGCGGUUCAUCUCACUCCCAUGGGUGAUCCACAUAAUCGCGCAGCCAUGUGGUCCCCGGAGAUUGGUCAGGAUGCUUCUCGAUCACGACGUUCAAUCCCGAGUGCAGCAGCCACCAAUCCGUCUCGCCGAAUCCUCACCCGCUCCAGGUCCUGUUGUUGGCGACUCUACAGAUGGAAAGAUACCAAUACUUCGUAGUAUCAGCGGACUGACUCUUGGUGCCUCUGCAGUGCCAUCGUCUAUCCAAGGAGCGCAUUCCCCCUUGAUCUCGGCGACGAUGCCGAGCGGACUCACAUCACCCUCUACCAAUAUAGAGGUCUCGGAUCAGGUCCCCGAGACACCCGGUAGCGAAGCACCGUCAGAGUACUUCAAUCCUCGAGUGCUUCUCGUCGACGACAACGCCAUCAACUUGAAACUUCUUGUAGUAUUUGCUCAGCGACAAGGCUUGCGUUAUGCGGAAGCAGUCAACGGAUUGGAAGCUUUGAACCUAUACAAACGUGACGCACUGAGCACAGAUCCACCCACCAGACCGUUCGACUUCAUCCUCAUGGAUCUGUCGAUGCCGGUAAUGGGGGGCUUGGAGAGCACGCGGUCCAUCCGGCAAUUUGAGACCGAAAUGAAUCUGAAGAAAAGCAGCAUUGUAGCCUUGACGGGACUGGCUAGCGCCCAGGACCAGCAAGAUGCGUACGAUGCUGGCGUGGAUGAGUACUUGGUGAAGCCCGUCAAAUUUGCGGAUAUCAAGAGAGUGUUUGGGACGAAAUGA